UUCAAGCGUUUCAGGGGGCGGAUAAGUUUAGAUUUUCUCCAUAUCGUUGUUAGCCAAUAAUGUUGAGGGAAGUGUUGUUCGCAUCUCAGCUGGCAGACAUUUAAAAGGGGAGACAGUACGGCGCUGCAGCAAUUUCUCUUAGAACCCGUGCUCCCCUCAAGUCUAUGGAGGACUUGGUCUCCCACCUUGCCAAGGUCCCCGCGGUGUACAGUGGACAGUGAUUGUGGGUGCCCGCCUCGGGAAGGUGCUGCUGAGGAUUGACAACAUUCAGUCAUCGCCGCAUUGAGGAUUGCAGGAUGGCCAAGUGGACGAGUAUCAUGUGCAGCACGCUGUUCCUGCUCGUCGGCUUGCUAUCCACUCCGGGGGAGCCCAAAAGAAACCGAGGCUCCCAGGGCGCCAUUCCUCAUCUCAACAAAAACAAUCCGAACGAGUCGGAGCGCCAGCCUCGACCCCCGGGGACCGGCUCACGGCCCCGCCAGAGGCAAGGCUCGCCCUCCCCGGCAGACGAGGUUCUGGAGUCCAGCCAGGAGGCUUUACACGUGACCGAGCGGCAGUACUUGAAACGGGACUGGUGCAAGACGCAGCCCCUCAAGCAGACCAUCCACGAGGAGGGCUGCGUCAGCCGCACUAUCAUCAACCGCUUCUGCUACGGACAGUGCAACUCCUUUUACAUCCCAAGACACAUCCGCAGGGAGGAGGGAGCCUUCCAAUCGUGCUCUUUCUGUAAACCCAACCGCUUUACCACCAUGACUUUUACUUUGAACUGUCCCGACCUGCAGCCGCCCACCAAGAAGAAACGCAUCCAGCGCGUAAAACAGUGUCGCUGUAUAUCCAUUGACUUGGACUAGCCAACGCUUAAGUCAA